AGCUGCCUAGAAGCACGCCGUUUGUUUUCCUUCUUCUACCUAACUCCAAUCAACUGCCUGCCCUAUCAUCCCUAGUAUAUCACUUUGUUCUAUUUUAGUUUCUUUUCUCCAUCUGACUCACUGCACUUUUGAGUUUAGCUCCGGUGGGAUCGGGACCCUCCGAUAAGUAGUAGUAUUACACGGAGUCGAUAAGAUUACAAACGGUCUCCUCCCGCCCACUCCUCCUACUCCUCCUUCUACUCCUCUUACUAUUCACUCUCCUCUUUCUCCUUCCUUCUUCAUGUGCAAGCUUCGAGUCAUCCGCGAAUUCCACGACAGUUAGAUCGUGGCUGUCUGAUCCUUGACGCCCUUGGAUAUUACUUUGCUCUCUCUCCGAGGGCAUGGCUCAGACUGGGAGGAACAACGGAUUGGUUGGGUUGAAGCUAGAGACGGCCUUUCAGCAUUCGCCGAGACCCCGGUGGCGGGGUGAUGAUGGAGGCAGAAGAGUGUCGGAUCAGGGAGACGGUAUCGAGGGCGAUCGUACAAACAUCUUUCACGAUUAUCACGCACCCCGUUGCGGUACUGAUGAAGACAACAGUGCUUUGAGUGGUCUGCACUCAGCGACACCCCCCAUCUCCGUUCCCCGUCAUGAUGAUUAUCCCAAGCAAGAUGUCCACUUUCCUCACAAGCCAGAGGAUGUACAAGCAUCAUCUCCGCUCGACAGCUUUCUUCAAGAACGCCGCCCUUCCAUCAGCUUUGACGCCGCCCUUGACUCUGGCCGACGCCGACCGCUAGAGGAUCCUUCUUCGAGGGGAGACGUUAGGAACCGCACUCAACGGUUCCAAGCAAAGAGUUCGAGCUUGAGGAAUUCUUUGCCUCUGGAAGAUGAUGCUGACCACAACGGAAGACAGGUGGGACUCAGUUCUAGCCUUAGGAGGCAGCAGGAACGACGAGCCAUCCCUACCGGGAUCACUCGCGACAGCUUCCCCGAAGAAAACGGUGCUAUCCCAUCUGAUAUUGAGCAUCCUACUUCUCUCACGUCUCUAUCUACUGCGUCUCCUAUCACGGAGGAGCUGCGAACCCCUCCAGAAGGGUCGCGGGGCAUGUUAUCGUCUCCCAUCUGCGUGGCCUCGCCCGUACAGACGUUCGCUUCACUUGAUGACCGCAGCUCCUGGUCAGGUAGUGUCAUGACUCCCUUUGGAAGUAAGGCACGAGGCCUUCGCGUCUCAACCCGCCAGCGGUCUCGCAGGUCUACUGCCUCGAGCGGCAAAUCUCCGGCCAGCAUGUUUCUGUCUAUGUGGAGCACUGGUGCUGAGGAGCCGGCUCCUCAGCCAGAUGAUGAGGGACAAAUGGUCGGUACUGAGUAUGUCCUUGGCAAGCAGAUAGGAUUUGGUGGCUUUAGCACAGUAAAGGAGGCCUACAAGGUCGAGGAAAGUGGCAAGACAAAACGGCUUGCCGUCAAGAUCGUCAAAAAACAAGUUUCUGGACGAAGCGAGAAGGAAAAUGACGAGGUCCAAGCGGAGUUCGACCACGAGGUGCGAGUUUGGCGAUAUUUAAGCCAUCCGAACGUCCUGACAUUGGACGCGGUCUACGAGACCGAUUAUGCCACUUUCUGCUUCACAAAACUGGCUAUUGGCGGCACGCUCUUCGAUCUCGUGCGGCAGAACCGCCGCGGAUUGGAGAUGACGCUAGCCAAAAAGUAUGCGUUUCAGCUUGCGUGUGCCCUGAGGUACCUCCACGAGGAUGCUCGAGUUGUUCAUAGGGACAUCAAGCUGGAGAACUGCUUGUUGGAUCCUACUGAGUCUCCUGAUGGGACGAAGACAUCUACUCUCGUUCUGUGCGAUUUCGGAAUGGCAGAGUGGAUGAACUCGGACAAUGAGGAUGCGUCACCUGAUCCUUACGAUAACGCGGCAGACCGUCCCCCGCCCAAGACCAUCGGCCCUGCUGGUUCCAGUACCAGCGUUGCGGGAAGCUUGGAGUACGCUUCCCCAGAACUCCUUCUUUCGACAAAUGGAGUUAUCGAUCCUUCGGUGGACAUGUGGGCAUUUGGUGUCAUCGUGUUCACCAUUGUCGUCGGAUCACGGCCGUUCCAGGAUGCUUUUGCUCCCCGGAUUCAAUCGAAUAUCCUCAGUGGGAAUUGGAAUAAACAUGCUGUGGUGGGUGAAGAAGCGGAUCCCCAGCUUCGCCAGGACAGAGAAGACGCAUUGGAGUUGAUAAUGGGCUGCUUAAACAUGAACGUUGAUAAGCGGUGGUCGAUCCGUGACGUGCUGUCUUCCCGCUGGUUGCGGGAAUUCUUGGACAAUGCAGAGAGCCCUACGGAGUCGGCAUGGAAGCUGUAAAGGGCUUCAUUCGUUGCAGUGCCUCAACGCAUUAUAUUCUUUCUCUUUCUUUCUUCCCCAGUCGAUCGAUUUUCCUCCCGUCGGGGGACUGGGAAUGUUGCUUUACGAAUGACCGAUGAUCAUGACUGGCGCUUUUAUGAUACUCACGAGCGCUGGUGUUUCCGGAAUGUUGAUCAUCUAUGAUACCCUCUUUCAAUGUUGGCAGCGUUCUGAUUUAUGAGUUCUUGAAUUUUUCUGCUUUAGCGCAUCUCGGUAUACCUCUCUACUUUAUGUGUUUUGUUACAGGCAUUACAAAUCGCCGUCGGGGACAUUUUUCGGGCAAGAAGAGGGUCUGGUUUUGGUUUGGUAUCUCAUCUUCUUUGACUUCACCUUUCACUUGCAACAAAACGCUUCUUUUCCUGGUGAUAAGGCAUGGUGUUUGUUGUUUCUUUUCAGCGGUGAGGGUUUGCGAACAAAACUUGACAUAUCCCAUUUCCCGUUUCGCUUUUUCCUUUUAACAUCUGUAUUACCUACCUAUAUCUGGACGGUCUUCUUGCUUGCUGAGAGGUUCUCUGGCUAUUUUUGGUGUGUCCACAGUCUCUUCUCUCUUCUUCUUAGGGCAUUUGCUUUCUUUGACAUAUGAGCGACAUUCUGCUACUAUGAAUGAAUUGAACAAAUGGUGGUGGGAGAGGGACUUGUAUCUAGCGGAGAUAGUCUAAUUGACUCGUGGC